CUUCAAACAUUGAGCGAAUCAGACCAUUCUUAUUAAGGGAGCCCUGCUGGGGCGAAUGCUCAGCUCUUACAGGAGGCAACUGGACUAUACGAAUUAGAUAAGCUGGUUGGUGUCCCACUUUUAUGGUGAUCCAUGCCAUCAUUAGAUGGUUUCUGGCCGUUGUUAGUGCGCUUCGUCGAGGACCCUCUUUCGUCACAGCCCACUCAAGACUCCCAAAGACUAUUGUUUUUCUUUUUUUAUUCUUUACCGUCAAUCACCGUUCUGAUUGUUAUCCUCCUUCUUUGAUUUGUGAUUUAUUAUCUUGCUCCUUGCUUCUCCUCGCCAAAGCCCCUGUGAAUUGCUAUCAAUCUUCUGUUUUCCAUAAAUAUCGCUGUCCUGCCGCUCGUGCUGUCUCACUCGUGGCCUGCAGGAUCAGGCAUCCGAAACUAGCUCCUUUUCUUUUUUGCCCCUCAGCCUUAAUUUAGUUCUUCGACGACUUUCCUGGCCUGGUGCCCAAAAGAUUCGAUUUCACUCCAACUGCAGAAUUCUUCCCCAUUCUGUCUAUUUCAUGUAAAUUCUUUGUGUCCUCCACCUCUGAUUUGCCUCUCUUUUUAAUCUUCAGA